AUGUUCACCAAAAGGAAGGCGGAACGACAAGAGCUUCCUGGCGUGGAUGGAGGGGACGGCGACAAACCAAAGUUUAUUCGACCAGAACGAGUGCGCACAGAAUCUAAAAGCUACACGCCAAUCCAGUUUGAGCGGUCGUUGGGAAAGUUGCAAGUGGUGAGUGUCAACUACCCGCGCAAGAUCCUCGACAUGGGUGUUCAGCGGCUGUCCGAAGAUGAAGACCGCAAGGUCCCUCCAGAUCGUCACUUGUUGUGGUUCCGCCAACUUCUGCUUGACAUAGAGAAGCUUUACUCCGCAGUUCUGGAGUAUGAGGAUAGCAGCUGCUCUGCAGAGCGUCGUCUAGAAAUUUCAGAAAAGCUUUUUGCUGAGGUACAGCCCUCUGAAGAACGCUUCAUUCAGGUGGUGGGUGUGCGGAAAGGCCGCUCCUUGGUGCUUCGUGUGCUGCCCAAGCUAAAAGCUGAGCACCAGGUGGCAACAUUGGCAGCUCUGCUGCGCCACUUAUCAUGGUUACAGCGCAAGGACAGGCACGAUGGCACAUUAGAGCGAGGGCUGCUCAGUGCCGUGGCAGUCAUUGAGCACGCUUCUCUGAAUGACCUCAUUCAGCUGGCGGCCAGCUUGCUUAUGAAUCCAGAUGCUGCAUUUCCCAGCAGAUUUGCUCUCCGUGUGGCCUGGGCUAUUGUAGUACAAGCAGAACAACAUUUUCAGCGCGAGGAAGGUGGCCAGACAUUCAGCAGUGAAGUUCACAAGAAAUGGGCAAGACUGCUUUCUGAAAUGGUGGAUUUACUCAUUGCCUCUCUCAAGAAGCAUGACAAUGGCAAAGAUGACACAAGCGACCACUAUAGUGCUGCAGUGCAUCUGCUGUUUCCACACGAGCGUCGUGCCCUUGCGUCACAAUUGCAACGAUUUGCAAUAAACUCUCAGCUUGCUAGCGAGCUAAACACUGCUGCAAAGUCCAGCCAGCAGUCAGAGCUUCAUCAGCAGAAUGGAUUUGGUGACAAAGGUGCGUUUCCCUACUGUGGUGAUGAACCCGUAACUGCUGUUCACUAAGCUACACAUCUUGCGCUCGGUUGUUUUUCUACUGCACUUUAGAAAUUCCCUCUCUGCUAGGAUCAUUAGAAAAGGCAACUCUCUGAGGCUGACUGUUCUCCUGCUUUGUGUGAAUCUCUAUGGCACCUAUGGUGACAUGUCAAGUGAGUCUGGAGGAAUGGGCAGCAUAUUUUUUGCACGAGAUGUUCGGGGAUGUAUGGCAAUUGCUUAACUCACAUGUAGUGUCAGGAGUGCCGUGAUGUCUAUGCAGGCCUGCUGUGCUUUCUUUCUUUUAACUGGAGUGUCGAAGCUUGGCAAGAUUUGAGUGUCUUUACGUACAAAACUCCAAUUCAAGUGCUCACAUAAUGUCGAGCUCUUAUUUUUUUUGUUUUGCUCUUUAAGUGCAUUGUUGCCUCAGGCUAUAAAAGCGAACAAAUCUCUUGCUACCUGUAAUUGGAACGUAUUGGACAGCUGUGGAGAUUUUUUGCCUUAUAUGCACAGCCUUGGUCCUUGAUAUACAUAUGUGCUUAUGCUGUUCAUAUUGCUCCAUGUUUUCCAACACUGCUUUGCUGUGCAGUUUGUUCCUCAUGUGAACCAAACUAAAUUUAGUUCUUUAUUCUAUUACAGUAAUCUGAAGUGUAACAUAUUCUGCCCAUUGUUUGCUAUGAAAAAGCAUGUCUCUAGCUUUAGUGGUGUUGCUGUUGCACUUCAGCAGCUUAGGAGCCUUUGUUUAAAAAACAGGCAACGGUUUCGAGACAUGUCGGUGCAUUGUGAUAAAAAGUAGAUCCUUUUUCAGUACUGCAUUUUUCAAUCCAGAGUUUCCACAGCUGUGUUUCUCAUUCUCAAAGGGCCCCCAUACAUUUGCUUCAGGGGAUGCCUUCUUUCUUGAUCAUUAACUACAAGCGUUUCGAUGUUGGUUUUUUGUCAGAUUUUCUUAUCACCUCAUCUGUGAAAGUGUGACAUUGCACUGUUACAUUGCCAGUUACUUUCGAUAACUGGUCAUCAUAAGGGUAGAGUUGAUGUGCUUGAAACUUAGAUUUGUUCAUUCCUUCCAUGCUUGCGAAUUCUCCUUGGUUCACUAGAGCACACCAUGUGCUGCUCAAAGUGUGGCACUUUCAGCCUAUUAGGCCUUUUUUUUUUUUUACCAACUUCACUAACCUGUGCAUUAUUUUUUUUGCAGUAAAAAUAGAAUAGUUAGAGUUAAAAGAUGUUUUCACCUUAUUUUCUGAAUGCA